AGCACUGCAGAAAACCCCUAACCACGUGGACUUCCUUCUUCUUCUUCAAGCGAGUUCAAGUGCCGUGGCGUAUAGUUAACUACCCAUGAUGUUUCAAGCUGCUGCAGAGGUUAUUGGGUUUCCAGUGGACCAGACUCGAUACAUAACUCUACUGCUCCUGUCGUACCCACUGGCCUAUGUGUUCCGCUAUGCCCUCCACCCCUCACACACAUCACUCAUCACACGUCACAUCUUCUCUCUCUCAUUCGGACUCCUCUUUGGCUUCCUCUGCUUUGGAAGUCAGAUGAUUGUCUUGUUUGCUAUAAUUGGAGUGUGCUAUGCUAUGCUUCAGUACCUCCCAGCCACUGUGGUACAAAGAUACACAAUGGUGUGGGCCAUGGGCAGCAUGAGUGCAGCUCACAUCUACAGAAUGAUGACUGACUAUGGAGGUUGGAGCCUGGACUUCACUGGACCUCUCAUGAUCAUAGUACAGAAGGUUACUCUGGUUGCAUUUGCCCUACACGAUGGCAAGGGUCGCAGUGACUCAUCACUCAACCAGGACCAGAGAGAACAGAAGAUUGAUGUGUGUCCCUCUCCCCUGGAGUACUUUACCUACAUCUUCAACUUCCACUCCUUCCUUGCUGGGCCUUCCUUUAGCAUCAAGGACUUCCUUGCCUUUAUGGACGGUUCUAAUCUCAAGUUUUUGAACAAUCCUAACCAGUUUGCCAAGGCAAAAGAGCAUGUCAGAGAGCCCUCAGCUGUCUUUGCUGUUGUCUCCAAGCUUGUCUACUCUCUUGUGAGCAUGGUUGGUUUCACAAUCCUAGCCAGUCGAUACACUGAGGAGAUGGCUAUUGAUCCCCAAUACUCGAUAUUUGUCAGAACAUACAUUAUCACUUUUGCCGUGCUUAAACAUCGACUCAAGUAUUAUUUUGUGUGGUAUAUGGCGGACAGUAUCAACAACUUGUGUGGGCUGGGUUUCAGUGGAUAUGAUGAGAAGGGACAACCAAAGUGGGACAUCACCACAAAUGCAUUUCCAACCAAUGUUGAGCUGGCAUCCAAUCCCAGAGAUAUAUUUGCCAACUGGAAUAUUUGUUCAGCAAUAUGGCUCAGAAGAGUGUGCUAUGAGAGAGUACCCUUCUCCCCAACCAUCGCCACCUUUGCUCUGUCUGCCUGGUGGCAUGGCUUCUAUCCUGGCUACUAUUUGUGCGGCCUGUUCUUCGGAUUUACAUCAGAAGCUGCACGAAAAAUGCGUCGACUGGUUCGGCCCCACUUCCAAAGCAGCCUCCUCCUCAAGUGGUCCUAUGAUGUCAUAACGAUGCUACUCACUCGUCUGUAUAUGGAUUACACUAUUGCAUCCUUUAUUCUCAUGUAUAUUGGGUCAGGGAUGUUGUUCUGGAGCUAUUUCUACUUCAUCCCGAAUAUCAUUAUCUUCGUGAUUGUGUUCCUGUUUCCAUCUGGCAAGAGUAAAGAGGGCAGAGAAUCAAAGGAAACAAGACGACCAAAGGCAGACUGAGAGUGCAGUACAAUAUAGAAUAUAGGAUACCCCAUACCCUACCCACACUCUAGUUAUUCAUUAGUAUAUUUACCAACUUCAUAUUUGGAGUGAUACAUACAAUUUUCAGUUUUCUGAGUAUUUACCAGGUUAAUUGAUUGUAAUUAUCUUCAUUUUGCAAAAAGUUUAUUAUCGA